UGUGUGUGUGUGUGUGUGUGUGUGUCUGGGAGGAGUUAACGGUUCCUGGCUUCCUUCCUCCACCAUGAACCAUAACAACCAGGCUUCAGACGAGGACGGACGCAGCAGCGUCUUCACUCCAGCAGCUCCUGAUGCCACCGCUCCACAUCAGCACAUCUGUCUGGCUUCGACAAUGAAACCGGCCGCGGGGACUCGGACACCGGAGCUCGGACUCACACACAACUUUUCUCCAUGAGUUUGGAUCAGCUGAGAUGAGAAGCUGAAGCCGUUUGAAGCAACCAGCGAGGAGAUCUGCGGGUGGUCGACAUGUCUCAGUGGAUGAUUAUUCCCGUCAGCUUGCCUGUGUUCACCAUCACUGGGAUAUGGCUCGUAUACGCCAUGGCCGUGUACAACCAGCACGUCUGCCCCGUGACCAACUGGCUCUAUAAUGAGUCGUGUGAGGAGCAGCUGCCGUUGCAGCGGGGCCCUGUGCUGUGCUGCACCCCGGACAACAUACCACUCAUCAGCAAAUGUGGAACCCUGCCGCCGGAAAGUUGCUUCUUCAGCCUCAUCUGCAGCACCGGCUCCUUCAUGGUGAUGCUGAUCGGCCUCCUGCAUUACGCUCACAUCAUAGAGAGACACCAGAACUGCGUCCUCAACAUGGCCGGCCUCUCCACCGGGUGGAUCUGUGCUGCCGGGCUCAUCAUGGUGGGAAACUUCCAGGUGGAUUUCGCCAAAGUCCUGCACUACGUUGGCGCCGCCAUGGCCUUCCCCUCCAGCAUGCUGUUCGUGUGCUUUCAGUCGGCGCUGACGUACAGACUGGCUAAGACCCAGGAGGAGUACAGGCGAGGCCACCUCCGUCUGGGCAUGGCCCUGAUGGCUCUGAUCGCCCUGGUGCUGAGUGGGGUUUUCUUCUGCCAGGAGAGCUUCGUCCUGCAGCACGCCUCAGCCAUUUUUGAGUGGACCUACUGCAUCCUCAUAAUGCUGUUCUACGGGACCUUUGCGUUCGAGUUCAGGGGCAUGUCAGGGGACACCCUCAUGGUCCUCUCCAGAGGAGGUCCAGUACCGGCUUUCUCCGCUCCUGAUCACAAGGCAGAGAUGGGCCGAGGAUCCAACCACUGCCAGACAGAGGGUUUGUCAAUCCUGUAAACACAGAACACCUCCAGUCAGUGGGGGGCCAAAGGGUCAAACAAGCAUCCAUGUGGAUGAAGCUGGAAGCUGCAUCACCACAGAGCCGAACCUGUUCUCCAUCAGCAGUGAGCAAAAACCUACAAACGUCUCUAAUACUCUGUAAACACACAUGCAGAACACUGUAUAAUGUUACAAGUGCCUUUUUAAAAAGUCCAGGACAGCAAAGAGACGUCCGUGUUCACACAGGCACACGAAUGCCCCCAUGUUUGUUUCAUCUCUUUUUUUAAAACAAUCGCUUCCUCGUUUUUUUUGCUCAACUCGCUUAUCAUGAGACAGAACGUCCUCAAAGUGCCUCAGAUGUGAGAGCAGAGCUCCGCUGUUUGGACGUUCACACACCGAGCGCUGCAUUGUUUUCACUCAGGAAGCUUUCUUACAUCACGAACACGAGCUCUUAACCCGAACAGAAAGGUGAGGUUUCCCAAAGAUGUGCGACAGUAGCUGAGCCAAGAAUAAGAGGUUCUGAAAUGGAUCGAUUGUUGUUCGGAACGCGCUGUGCUCGUGUUGAAAAGCUUCUGGGUUUCUCUGGUAAAUGACGACGCCGCCUGAGUGGACGUAUCACAUCAGCCAAAUAAACGUCAGCUCUGCCAAAAAGGUUGCAUCAUGCUCCCAGUAACAGCCCUCACACCUUUAAUGGGACCAAACGUUAAGAGGAGACGUCAUGUUCUCUGUCAAUAAGGAUGCAGAUAAACAAAACACAUAUUAAAGCAAAUAAGGAAAAAAUC